AUGAAGAAGUCAAUUAUGAAGUUACCGAGCCUCGUUUUAGGGCUUCUCUUCCUCGUUUAUCUUCUUCAUGGGCUUCAAGGUGGUGGAUCUCUUGAUGAAGAUCUCUUGAUGGGACGGAAGUUGAAAUCUCUCAAGUCGAUUGAAUCCAAAAAUGUGGCAGCUGGAUCAUUGAAAGAUUCAACGUCGGUAGAUUUAGAGAAAGAGAUCGAUAAUCUAAUGAGGAACGAAUAUCCUUCACCAGUGAAGCCGAGGAAAAGAACUCCGGUUCACAAUUAA